AAUGGAUAAGUCACUUGUAAUAGUUUUACUGCUAGCCUUUUUCAGUGUACCAAAUUCCUGUUAAACAAAUGAGUCUAAUGCUUAUAUCGGAAAGAAUGUGCAAACUGAGGCCGGAGUUUUGAGGUUCCAACUCCAUAACCAUGGCGGGAGCUUGCAUCCCUCCUCCAUUUCUCAUUGAGCCUUCUACUACGACUGGACCUUGCUCUCGCCUUUCCGUUAAACGUCUUCCAUUUGCUUGUGCCUUAACUACACCGCGCCCAAGAAAACUUUCAAACAGAAAAAACCAUCUCCGCCCCAAAAUACUCAAAACAACCAUCACUAUUAAACCUCCUCCGGAAAAUCAACAACUCCGGCUGUCGGAAGUUUCAGAACCCCAAGGAAUUGUUAAUGACACUGAAAGCGCCUUUUAUGAAGCCCCAUUUCAACAAACACGCGUUUUGGACUCCGACCUAGACGCCGAGCUGAAAACGUCGGAAAAUCAAGAACUCCGGCUGUCGGAAGUUUCGGAUCCCUCUGGAUCUGUUAAUGCUACUGCAGGUACCUUUGGUAAAGGCUGGUUGCUGAAAUUUGGAUUAUGGGUAGUUGGAGCCUUUGUAUUUCAAACAGUUUGUGCUGUUUGGGUAUUUGGUUCAGCUGAUUAUAGUGGAAAAAAUCAAAGUUCGGAUCGUAAUGAUUAUAAAAAUGAGGUCAUGGAGUUGCAUUCGAAUGGUAGAAGUAAGUACAAAAUGAGAAUGUUUGUGAAUGGGGAUGGAAAGAAGAGUAUUGAGAACGGGGGAACUGUUUUUGUGGACGAGGCUGAAAUGGAGAAGAAGAUUGAGGAAAUUCAACAUAUGGCAAGGGAGGCAAGAGAGAAGGAAAAGUUGGAGUUGAAGGGGGGUGACGUUGAUGAGGAGGAUGAGGAAGAAAUUGAGGAUAGUGAUGUUAGAACGGGGAUUAAAAAGGAAGUUGAUGAAGGUUUAAUCAAGCUGAGGAAGAAACUGGGAAAGGUUAGCAACAAACAGCCUACAAAUACUGUUACUUUUCCAAAGGUGGAUGUUGAUAAAAAUGACAGGGAUGGCGGUGGUAAUUUGGAUGAAAAAGAGCUUAGUGCUGCUUUAAUAUUUAAAAGAAAGCAGAAAUUUAGAGAGUUCGGCAGUAAACCAAGUAAUAAACCAAAGGGUUUUAUGGCCCUUAACCAUCGACGUGUUGGUACAAAUGGAGAUAAAACAUUGAAAGGCAACACCAAAGUGCUGAAGAAUGGAAAUAGAGAAGACAGAGAAGUUGAUGUUAUCAAAGGUGUCACGAAGAACUCAUUGGAGAAGAGCGGGAGGAAGAAAAAAGAAAUUGCAUCAGACUUGGAGGAAUCUGAACCAGAUAUUUCGGUAGAUAGAAAUAAUGGGAACAGUUUGUUUGAAGCUGUGGACACGAAAGAAUCAAACAUUCAGGAGACUGCAACAAUUUCAAAUACUGGAAAUACUUUGGUUGAAGUUAUGGACUCAGGAGAAUCACGUCGCAUGAAGGAUACUACAACAAUGAACAGACGAAAGAAUUCAAAUAGAAAUGGAUCUUCAAAUAAAAAGGAGGUUAAGGACCAAAAAGUAGUGAAUCUAAAGGAGGGUACGAAACCAGGAAAUGAUACUGACUUUUGGUGGUUCAGUCUUCCUUAUGUUCUUGCUAUACGCAUGCGGAGAGGUCAUGAUGAUGAAGGACCAGAAGGAUUAUUUGCCUUAAAAAGUAGCUCUCAAGUGAAUGGUAGCUCAUCUCAUACAGUCGCCUUUGAAGAUCGUGGUGAUGCCACCAAUUUUUGUUAUCUCUUACAGUCUUUCUUUGAAGAUUUAGGAGAUUUCAAUGCUGAAAUUGUUCCUUUACCAGUUCAAGAACUCAGGGAGGCAAUUAGAUCACAUACUAUGAAGGUAAUCGUGGGGAAGAAGGGGAAACUGAAGCUUUAUGCUGGACAACCAUUAGCUGAUGCUGAGAUGGCUUUGCGCUCAUUGAUUGAACUGGAAUGAGGGUAAAAAAUGUCUCUGGAGAAAUUUUGGGGAUAUAUCUUGGCAUCUAUACGAUGAGAGAUUCAACCCGCCUGAAUCCUUGGGCUGCUGCAGCAGAUACUAGAAUGAGGGUGGUAAGAGAUUGAAUCCACCUGAAUGAGGGAUCAACAUAGAAAUGAGCACUGUCUAUUUAUGAGAUUUUGGGAAUUCAUGCAAAAUGUGCGUGGAUUUCUUUUGCACUGUUGCAUGAGAAUCUUUGCCGAUAAAUGAAUUUGCUAACAUUAAUUA